CGACCCAUCUAGCAUAAGGGACGACGUUUCGGUCCCAAUGCGAAGACACAAGCAAAAUUAUGGUUGUAGUAAUGCAAAUGCAUCCGACAAAAAUGCAAACUAGGGCCAAAAGCCAUUCCGGUUGUAAGGAGGGGGUGAAGCAGACUUGGGGACGAUUGUAGAGGGUCAUACAUGUCCACAUCAACCCCAUACGAGUUUCACCUAAUUAAAUUUUCAAUAACAACAGUUAUUUUAUUUUAUAGGGAAAUUACCUCCGACAUCUGUUACUAUCCAAUCAGGCCUGGCUAAACUGAAUAUGGCGAAAAUGUCUGCCGUUAGGAAUAAAGUUCCUGAUAUUAGCGUUAAUUUGUCCAUGAUUAAUGUUGGUGUUUUAAUAAGUUGUUUGCAUUUUUAAUAAGUAAAUAAAAAUAACCCGCCCACCUAUAUUACAAUACAACAGCUGAUUUUGACAUCUAAAGACUGAAAGUGAGGAUUAUCGAUACGAUGAAGGUGCAUAUCGAUACGAAUUUUACUUCGGCAAUCUUUGAAAUUUGUGAGGUUAUGGUUGCUUGUGUAGUGUAUCAUCAAUAUAUUAUUAUUAUUGUGUAUUUUAUUAAUUGUUUAUAAUAUUAUGCCGCUAUCUGAAGCAGAAAAGACCUUCAUUCUUCAUGGAGUUGAUGAAAACUUCCGUCAAGAUGGUAGAGACCGCGAAGCCUACAGACCAAUGGAACUUGAAACUGGAACAGUCCAGCACGCUUUCGGUUCGGCUCAUUUACGUCUCGCCAACACCGAUGUACUUGUAGCGGUCAAAUUAGAAAUCGACGCCCCCUUUCCUGAAACACCACACGAAGGCAAAUUGGAGUUUUUUGUGGAUUGUUCGGCUAAUGCUACACCGGAUUUUGAAGGCCGCGGUGGUGAAGAUUUAGCUGUGGAACUUGCCAAUACUUUAGCAUCAGCCUACCAGUCCAGACAGGCCUUUGAUUUAAGAAAAAUGUGUAUUUUGAAGGGCAAAAAAUGCUGGAAGUUGUAUGUAGAUAUUUUGAUUUUAGAAUGUGGCGGUAAUCUUUUCGAUGCUACAUCUUUGGCAAUCAAAGCAGCCUUACACAACACCCAAAUACCCAAAAUUAAGGCCGUAAACAUCGACGGAGAUAAUAUAGAAAUCGAAGUCUCAGAUAGUGUAUCAGAUUGUGAAAAAAUCAACAUAGAAAACGCCCCGGUUUUGGUGACUUUGUGCAAAAUAGGCCAACAUUGCAUUGUAGAUCCAAGCCUGUCAGAGGAACAAUGCACUGUAGGUUCAAUGGUUGUAGCGGCUACAAAAAAUUGUGUCAGCACGAUUUCGUUGUUGGGUAGCGGGUCUUUGCACCAAGACACUUUGUUCCAGUUUUUGGAUUUUGGCUGUAAAAUUGCCAACAGAUUGAAUGAGGCGUUAAUGGAAACUUUAGCCAAUAUUUCAGUUACUAAUGAAAAUGUUGGAUUUUUGAAAUAAAUGGUUUUUGCUAGAGACUUUUUUAGGUUUAGAGAUGUUUGGUUUAUUUUUGAUACAAUCCUAACACAGCUUGUAUUGUGUUGAGAAAAC